UCAUAUUUCCAACAGUUAAACUCUGUUCUGUUCUGUUCACACUCUCUCCUCUUUCUCUCCCACACACACACACACCACUCUUUCUCCGCUUCAUGUUUCUUACUCUCACAACAUAAUGUUUUCUAGUUACUGGUUACUUCGUUUUUGUUUUCUACUCACAUUUUUCUCCUCCUCACUAUGUCACUCCUCCACUUCUUCUUCCUUGUCACAACUCACUUCAGUGAAAGAAAAUGAGGGAAAUGGUGUGGUAUUUUCUAGGUUUGAUGUAUUUGCUGCAGCACCAUAUGAGAACUCACCACUUCCCUUAGCUGCAGAGAGAACUAGAAGAAAAGAUCCACUUGAUGGCUUCAAUAAAUACACAAGUGGAUGGAAUAUCAGUGACCACCAUUAUUGGGCUUCAGCGGCAUAUACAGCAGUUCCUGUAUUCAGCAUUGCAGCAGUCUGGUUCUUGGGCUUUGGCUUCUGUUUAUUACUCCUCAUUGUUUGUUACUUCUGUCGUAAAACCGAGUCUUAUGGUUAUUCUUCAACAUACUAUGCACUUUCCCUUAUUCUCCUCAUAUUGUUCACAUUUAUAACACUAAUUGGAUGUGCAGUACUAUAUAUUGGACAAGGUAGUUUUCAUAGAAGCACAACAACGACGUUGCAAUAUGUGGUGUAUCAAGCUGAUUCUGCAGUGGAUAAAUUAAGAAAUGUUUCUGAUUACCUUGCUCAAGCAAAGCUUGUUGGAAUCGAUCGAGUUUUUCUUCCCGCUAAUGUUCAAACUGAUAUUGAUGCGGCAGAAACAGACAUCAAUGCUUCUGCUGGCACAAUUUCUGAUAAGACAAAAGAGAAUUCAGACAACAUACAAGAUCUCUUAGAUUCUGUGAGGCUGGCGCUCAUCAUAAUAGCUGCAGUUAUGCUAGUAUUGACGUUUCUUGGAUUUUUGUUCUCAAUUUUCGGAAUGCAAGUCCUUGUGUACAUCUUGGUAAUCGCAGGAUGGUUUCUUGUUACUGGCACCCUUAUAUUAUGUGGUUUAUUCCUCAUUCUCCACAAUGUGACAGCAGAUACAUGUGUAGCCAUGAAUGAGUGGAUCCAAUAUCCUACUGCAAAUACAGCUCUCGACGAUAUACUGCCCUGUGUGGACAAAGCCACAGCACAAGAAACAUUGUUGAGAAGCAAAGAAGUGACUUCUGAACUAGUUAACUUGGUGAACCAAGUUAUUACUAAUGUCUCCAACAUAAAUUUUGCCCCCAAUUUCACGCCGCUGUACUACAAUCAAUCCGGUCCCUUGAUGCCACUCCUCUGCGAUCCCUUCCGUCCUGACAUGACAGAUCGACAAUGUGACUCUGGUGAAGUGAACAUAAGCAACGCCACACAGGUAUAUGGGAACUUUGUGUGCCAGGUUUCACCAUCAGAGAUAUGCAUGACCCAAGGACGUUUAACCCCUACCUUUUAUAACCAAAUUUCCGCUGGAAUAAAUGUUGGUAACGCCUUAUAUAAUUACGCCCCAUCGCUUGUUGAGCUACAAGACUGCACCUUUGUUCGAGAAACAUUCACUGAUAUAUACAAUGAACAUUGUCCUGGUCUACGGCAUUAUAGUAAAUUGAUUUAUGUUGGAUUAAUAAUGGUCUCUUUUGCUGUGAUGUUCUCCUUGAUCUUUUGGGGUGUGUAUGGAAGAGAGCGGAGGCAUCGUUUGUAUACACAAGAGUCUAAAGAUUCAACGCUAGUAACUCCUACACGAGCUCAUGCACCAACAAGACGUGCACCUGCACCAACAAGACGUGCACCUGCACUUGCACCUGCACCAACAAGACUUGCACUUACACCAUCAAGUCAUGCACUUGAACUUAGCCCAUAUCCCUGAUAGGUGACAAUGAUAUAUAUUGAGUAACCUCAUUGAUAAAUGAUGUUUUAACUAAGUUUAGAUUAUUAUUUUUUCUGUGUUGGAUAAUGUUGUAGCUUCAUGUAGUUAUUUUUUGUUUGUUUUUGCGGACAAGGAAAUGUCGUUAUUUUAUAUGAACUGGAAAAGAAGAAUCCGGAUAAGGAAUCAGACACGAGAUAAAACAGAGAAAAAACCAUGAAUAAGUAGCUUCAUGUUUGUUCUUUUGUAGGCCUCACAUGAUAGGCCAUGGAUUUUGGAAUUUUGAGCCACCACCAAUAUCCAACCAACACACGAAUUCUCAUCUUCUUUCAACGAAUAGAAAGCAAGCACAAAAGUUCUUUUCUCUUUU